UUUUUUUCAUUAAAGCUGCUAAUCAGGUUGAGGGGGAUGAGUUGCAAAAGGUUGAAGGUGGAUGUAACUGAGGGGAGACCUAGGCAAAGCUGUAGUGCCCUUUACUGAGCCAGUCUGAGGAUGUUAUGGGAAAAGAUUAUGCUCACAAAAGACUUGGUUUGUUUCAGCAGUAUUUAUCUAGCACAAGAUGGUUUCUCCCCCCCACUUUGUGUCUGGCAAAUGUCAGGUAACAAUUAACCGCAUGCGUUUCAUGGUGUAGUUGUAAUUUCCCAAAUGCUGAGUAUGGAAAGGGAGCCGCAGUGCAAACUGCUCGUCCCCUCUCCUUAGACUAGAACCACGCUAAGGUUCGGGUGGUGCUCAGAGAGGGUUAAGAGGGGCUGUCCGGCUCGCUGCGGCUACGAACGCCAUCUGCCGGUGCUGCCCCGGGGUCUGUGGCGAGCUGCCCACGCCCUUGGGCGGGAAGGGCCCGCGCUGAGGCUGAGGGCGGCCGGCUCCUCGCUCUCCUCAGGCCGCGGCGUGGCGGCCGGGCCGGGCGGCGGGGCCGCCUUCGUGGCUGACAGGGCUUGGUGCCGCCGGUCAGCAGGUAGCGAAUGAACCCCUGCCCUUCUUCCCCACUUCCUGACAGCCCUCCCGCCCUCCAGCCGGCAGAAGAACGCUUCUGCGGUUUCAGCUCUCGUUUGUUUGUUUUAAUCCCGUAUCCUUUUUGUAGUCUCCACUUUUUAUGUUCGGGAUCAUCUGGAGCACUUGUUAUGACUGCUGCUUCAGAGUCGAACUCUGGUAAUGAACCUGAUGAAUCAUACGUGACUUAUUUGAGAGGGAAGAGGAAUGGGGUGAAUUCCCAAACAGCUCUGGAAGACAUCAGAGGCCUGUUAUGGCACGCUGGACAGCGUGUUUCUCAGAAGUUUGUGGUUGCGUCCUUUCCUGGCCUGAGUUCUGAUUGUCACAGGACACUAAUGACCCAGACAGGAUUUGACCAUGGGGUUUUUAAAAGGCAGAGCAGGCCUGAGGCUGGCUGGUGUCACCCGGGUAUGCCUGCGGGGCCCACAUCCAGCAGCCAAGGCCCAGCACUCCGCUAAACUCCUCUCACAGUCCUGCCAUGCGUCAGGUGCUCUGAUGCUGCUGAGCACGCAGAUGAGUACACCAGGGCUUUUUUUAGAUUAUUAUUUUUUUUUUGUUUAGGUUUGAAAGGAUCGUUACUGGGUUAUUCUGUUUUCCUUUAUUUGUGAUGUUUACCAAAAAUCUGCUGCAGCAAACUGUUAUUUAUCUUUGCAGCUUUGCUCCGUGAUGCAACAGCGGAAUCGAACUAUUUGCAUGUUAAUGUAGGCUGGUUUAUAAAUGCUGUUUUCUGUACCUUCUUUAUGUCUUAAAGAUCCAAUUAAGGUUAAAAAAUCCUUUCUAUAGGGUUUUAAAAUCUAUGCUACUUAUAUGAAAGACUAAUUGUAUAAAUGUGUAUUUAAUCCAACUUUACUGAAAUGAAAUUUGCUCCAAAGCGAGCUCAUGUUUGUAGCUUUUCUUUUGUUAAAGAAUUUGCAGGGAGUGCGUAUGGCUGCUCUGGGCUAGCAGGGUGGUGUCAGUAGGGGAAAAAAGAGGUGAGGAAGACUUGUGAGCUUUCUGCUGUUGUGGCAAGACUAGAUUUGCAAGACAGAGAAAUGCAUAUGUAUUAUCAUUUCUGGAAAUGGUAAAGGAAGCUGAAGCCUUUUUACCCUAUCCCUCUCAAAACCCGCUACUGUAAGGAUAUAUAUGGAGCAUUUUAAACUGAUGGAAGUGGGGCAGGAAUGGGGACAAUUGGUAACUCUAAUUGGAAAGCAGGGCUGGCUGUUUUCACUAAGAUGACACUGAUACUUCUUAGAGCCUUUGCUCUACUUUGAGAAGGAUAACUAAUCCAUUAUUAAGCUGAUUUUAUUACUGAUUUAAAGUUUCUACCUGGAGCUAAGUCAUUCUUGAGAUAUUUAAAUAGGUUACUGUGACACUUGCAUUGACCUUUCAUCACAUUUGGGACUUGAAGCAUGGAUAAGGGAAGUGAAAUGGUGUAUUUGAGCACUUGGGCAGACAGUGGAUUUGAGGGUAGAUUUCAGUUCAUCCUAAUACACCAUAGGGUUGUGGCCUGGCAUAAACAGCAAAGGACUGCCAACACGCCUUAACCAUCUUUUUGCUUCCAAGCCUGAAUUUCACUCUGCUGUUCACAUAAAUUGGAAAUGCUGGUAUGCUAGGUUUAUGUAGAAUCAAUGCUGUGGCUUUUUCUGAUUUACGUGUUCUAUUUAAAAUUUCUUUCGUUAAUUAAAAUAAAGUCUUGGUUUAAUAAAUAAUCAGUGUCUUGGUUCCUGUGCAUUCUUGUCUUUGGUUUUGAUCAUUACUGAUAAAGCAAUAUAAUUAUGGUUUAGUGGUUGGCUCACGUAGCAGUGGUAGGAAGUGGAUUGUUUUAUACUGGAUGUCAGAAACUUGCUUAUUUGUCAUUAUCUGGUAAUUGUGCUGCCCCUUCUUGUCUGAUGAUGAAGUUGGUAGCCUCUUGUAAGGAAAAUUUGAGGACAUUUAUUGUGAUCAAUGACAGAGCUAGAUAUAUUUUAAUGCCAGGUACUUUUUGUGGUGACCCACAAUGGCAGCAUGGAAUCACUUUAUUUUUGUAAAAUGUUAACUUUCAAAGCUGCUGACAUACCGCAACUAUAAGUAGCAUCACUAUAAAACAGGAUACUUCCAAAGGAAACCUUCACCAUGCAAGGCUAUAUUAAAUUGUUUGUGUGUCAGGUAAUAAUGUAAAACUUGAAAGCUGUUAAAGGGUGUAAUUUAAGAAAAAAUAUUUAACUUAUAUUCCAUAUGUAACUUAUAUUCCAUAUGUUAUGGAAACUGCUGAUCUAAACAAAAAGCAAAUGCUUUUUCCUUGCCAUUGUAGAACAAGAACAGGGGUACAACCUAAAAUGGAAAAUCGAAACGUGCAGAAAACACUGUGUGAUAUGAAAACAGAUCUGAACUUACUGCUUGAAUGCCUUAAAUACCAGAUGGACUGCCCUUUAUCUCAGAAAGAGGCUUUGAUCACUAUUUAUUCAAUUUGUCAACAAAACAGUGAAGCAAGUGAAUAUUUUCGAGAAAUUGGUGGUUUGAGGUUUAUAAAUGAUCUUGCAAAGUCAAGUGUCCAUUGCAUAGUAAAGGAAGCAGCUUUAUUUACGUUAGGAAUUAUAAUAGAGAGUAAUGUUUACUGUCAACAAUCUUUAUGUACUUCUGCAUUGUUUGAGGACCUCAUUUUAUUUUUAAUUAAUAAGGAUUCUGGUGUGAACUUGAAAAGAACGUCUGUUUAUGUCAUCUUAGUACUGGUUUCAAAUAACAAAUAUGGGCAAACUUACGUCAGAGAAACAGGCUGCAUUGGUCUUCUGCUACAGUUAUUCAGAACAACUCUUUCCACAUCUGAGAUGAAUCUGUCAGAUGAAAAUACUUAUCAGUGCUAUCAGCUGUGGUCUUCAGUCUGCAGUACUCUCUGUGCCUGCGUUAACAAUCCUCAGAACGAAGAUAAUCAAAGCAUUUGCUGUGCAGUUUUUCCAUAUGCAAAAGAAUGGCUAGAAAGUUGCACAGAGCCUGAGAUAGUUCGUCCUAUUUGUUCGUUUGUUGGCCUCACAGUUGCAAAUAACUCCACUGUGCAGAAAUACUUUGUUUCUGUUGGAGGACUGGAUACCUUAGCUAAAGUUCUCAUCAAGUUGAUGCAUGAUUCCUGUAUGAGUCACUCCAGCACAAAACUUGCAGUAGUAGUAACAAAGACUCUGGAUGCCUGCAUUGCUAAUGACUCUGCCAUGGGUGGUGCUUUGGCGAAGUAUCACACUGUGUCAGAGCUACUGAACCUGCUGUCUAAUGACACUUUGGAUACAGGAGAAAAAAUUAGUAUUAUUCUAACAAUUGGACAUUGUACUGAGGUUUGUGAAGAAAAUCAAUAUGAACUGCUUAAGAACAAUGGUCUUCCACUUAUGAUUCAGGUACUAACUGAGUCUCAAGACGAGGAACUAAACAAAGCUGCUACUUUUGUGCUGCAAAACUGCAAACAAAUGACUGAACAAUUGUCCCUGAAAAUCAAUGAGAGUUCAUUAAAUGAGAAGAAUGCAGAUGAGUUGGAAGCAGACGUGCAAAUCAGAGAAAGAAGUCUACAGGACUACUGGAAGAAAGCAAAAGAAAUUUUACACAGAAUAAAAUUGAUUGAAAAAGAACAUGAUGAGGAAAGAAUGCAAGGAAGAGUAUUUGUUGAUAGACCUUCAGAAAACAGUGUUGAAGCACCAAAAUACCCCAAAGUGAAUCCUAGUGGUCCAGAAACAUAUAUAGAAAGAACACAUAAAGAAAUACGUUAUCCACGAUUAACGUCUAAUUUGGAUGGUCCGGUUCUUGCUCUAGCUGUGAAUUCUCCCCUGAAAAAUGAAACAGUGAAUGCUAUGAAUCCAGUAAACACUUCUACUAGAAAAAGUGAACAGAAUGAUAUUCCACGGCCAGUUUAUGAAGAGCAGACAGACAGUGUACUUCAAAGUCAUCGUAAGUCGAGUGAAAAGGAAGGUUGUGAAAAAAGGCAGUCUGUUCUUCAAGUACAGAAAGGCUCAUUUAAACAACCAGCAAAGACUGUUAGAAAUAUGAAACAGGCGUGCACAUCAGACCACCAUUCAUUCUCAUCAGAGAUAACCAAGGAAGAAAAAAGUACCUUGACUACAACUGCAUCCCUUAAAAUGACAGAUUUAAGGUGUUUAGGUUGUACAACAGCAGGUCUGUCAUUCAAUAGUAAAACUUUUAGCAAGAUGCUGCGAAGUUGUCCAUACCUAUGCUAUCAUCACAAAGUCAUUCUGGAAGCUGAAGAAAGAUAUAAAAAGGAACUUAAGAAGUUGCCUGUUUCUAAUAACAGUAGAUAUGCAGCUUAUGAGAAAAUACUGCUGACCCCAAUAAAGAAAGGAAAAUCGCAUACAGAGACAUCAACUUAUAAGAGCAAAAAGGAUAAUUUCCAAAGUAUUCUUUUGACUCCGAUUAGAAAAAACAAAUCUGAUACUUCCCAUAGAGAUGAACAUGAUAAAAAUACUCAGUUACCUGAAGAAUAUAACUUGCUACCAACAUAUGAAAAGUCUUUCCAAAAAAACCAGGAUGCUAACUUGAAGAGACAAUGUGUGAAAGAAAAGCACAGCCAGGAAUGUCAACAGUUAAAAGAAAAUUGUAUAUAUUCACUUGACGAAGAUGAGAACAAUGAGAGAGGCUCCCUGGAUAUAAACAUGAGAACUUUAAACAAGAAAAGAAGAAUCCGAAAAGAUUUCACAGAUGAAGAAAUUAAUUAUCUUUUAACUGGAGUAAAAGAAAUGGGUCAUCACUGGAAUUUGAUUUUGUGGUCCUAUCCAUUUCAGAAAGGACGGACAAACGUUGAUCUUUCCAGCAAAUACUACAAGUUGCAGAGGCAGGAAAAAAGCAAAAGUCAUCAAUAACAUCUUUCAAGAAUAUUUUCAAUUUUGAUGCGGAAAGUUGAAGAACAGCUUUAUUAACAGAGAGGUAUUACCACAAUGAUACAAGCCUUUUGAGAAUUUAGAUUGGUUUGAACUCAUGUUUUUCACUGCUAACAUUCAUUUACAGAAAUUGUUAUGCUUUGCAAAUUUCACUUAAAUGUAAUUAUUAAAAGAACAAAACUAAAAUAGCUACUAAAAUAGUCUUUACCAAUAAAAGUUACUUUUUUAAAAAA